UCCAUCACUGGAAAGUAGAAGAGCACGAGUUAGGCUCCAUGUCGGUAGAUGGGAGGAUCGGUUAGCCCCACUUCUUGCUCACCAUAAAAACGACGAUUCUCUCAUCCAAACUGCUUCCGUUCCCAGUCUCCACUCUCUCAAAAGAAGGGACCAGAACAUGACAACCCACCAUAACUCCGAUUCCAACCCAAAGAAGAGGAGGAAGCUCCUCCUCACCUCCUUCCUCGUCCUCGCUGCCCUCAUCACCACCACCUCCAUUCUCAUCGCCCGCCGCACCGCCACCGCCUCUUCCGACGAUCCCACGGUCUCCCACGCCAUCCUCCGCUCCUCCUGCCGCUCCGCCCGCUUUCCCGACCUCUGCUACUCCGCCAUCGCCGCCACCCCGCCACUAGUCCACACCAUCUCCAAACCCAAGGACGUCAUCCACGCCUCCCUCAACCUCACCAUCACCGCCAUCGAGCGCUCCUUCCGCCACGUCGAGCGGCUCUCCGCCGCCGCCGCCAACCUCACCGCCCGGGAGCGCACCGCCCUCCAUGACUGCCUCGAAAUGUUCGACGAGUCGCUUGACGAGCUCCGCCUCACCGACGCCGACCUCCGGGCAUACCCCGCCGGCAAGCCCCUCCGUCGGCACGCCCUCGACCUUGAAAUUCUGGUCAGCGCCGCCAUGACCAACCAGGAAUCGUGCGCCGAUGGCUUCUCCCACGGAGACGUCGACCGCCGCCUCCGCAGCGAGCUCGUCUCCGGGCUCAUGCACGUGACGCGCAUGUGCCGCAACGCCCUCGCCAUGAUCAAGAACAUGACCGGGGCCGACAUUGCCGCUGCCGAGGCAGUGGUCGACGGCAGCAUCGGCACCCGGGGGCGGCGGAUGUUGGGGUUCAAUAUAGAUGAGGAGGGGUUGCCGGAUUGGAUCGAGAAGAAGGAUAGGAGGCGGCUGCUGCAGGCGGCUGGGGAGGUGAAAGCGAAUGCGGUGGUGGCGGCGGAUGGAAGCGGGGAUUACAAGACGGUGGGGAAGGCUGUGGCGGCGGCGCCGGCGAAGAGCAAGACGAGGUGGGUGAUAAGAAUAAAGGCGGGGACGUAUGAAGAGAAUGUGGAGGUGCCGAAGAAGAAGACGAACUUGAUGUUCAUCGGAGAUGGGAGGAAAACCACCAUCAUCACCGGCAGCCGGAACGUGGUCGAUGGGAGCACCACCUUCCACUCCGCCACCUUAGCCGUGGUGGGCGCAGGGUUCCUAGCCCGCGGCCUCAGCAUCCAGAACACGGCCGGCCCCUCGAAGCACCAGGCGGUGGCCCUCCGGGUGAGCUCCGACUUGUCGGCCUUCUACGACUGCGACAUCAUCGCCUACCAGGACACCCUCUACCUCCACUCCCUCCGCCACUUCUUCCGCAGCUGUCUCAUCCAGGGCACCGUCGACUUCAUCUUCGGCAACGGCGCCACCGUCCUCCAGGACUGCGACAUCCAGCUAUGGCGACCCGGUGCCAACCAGAAGAACAUGGUCACUGCCGAUGGCCGCGAAGACCCCGACGAGCCUACCGGCAUCGCCAUCCACCGCUCCCGCAUCACCGCCGCCGCCGACCUCGAGCCCGUUAAAAGCUCGUUCCGCUCGUACCUCGGGAGGCCAUGGAAGGAGUACUCGAGGACUCUGAUAAUGGAGUCGGAGAUCGGCGACGUGAUCGAUCCCGCCGGCUGGCAUGAGUGGAAUGGCCCGUUUGGGCUCGACACAUUGUAUUAUGGGGAGUAUAAGAACACCGGGGCCGGUGCCGGCACGGCAGGCCGUGUCAAGUGGAAGGGACAUGAGGUUAUAACCGAUGCUGGAGAGGCAGAAAAGUUCACUCCCGGGAACUUUCUUGGGGGUUCAAAUUGGUUGGGUUCUACUGGAUUUCCCUACUCCUUGGGUCUAUCGUCUUGAUCACUAUAUAUAUUCCGGGUGCAUGGUGGCGACGUCUGAUGUAUUUGUCCACUUUAGUACCGGACUACUCUUCUAUGUAUUGCGUGCCAUUUUGAUGGUAAUGAGAGCCGUAUCCUUUUUUUUUCUCAAGAAGUUCUUUCACACGUAAUAACAAGGCGUAGUCGUUUUUGUAAUUGGAUCUGACCUGCAUCUAUUCAAGUUAAUAUUGCAGUUUUCCCCCA